GGCAUAUUUGUUAAUGGCCCUUUCCUCCCUUCGGCGUUCACUCCUUUCCGCAGCUCUGCAGAGGUUUGAUCCCACUCUCGCUCGCCGUUCACUAAUUAGCUGUUACUCGCGUUCGUCCCCGGUUUCUUGUCUCUCCCUUCAAUCGCCAUUGUUGGCACCAGUCUCCAUCUAGCGACACGAAGCAAUUUCAUCUCGCGUAGUUCUUUCAUUGCCAAGAAGUCGGAGUUUCCUCUCCCUCCCGAUCUGUUGUAAUCGUUCACUUUCUUCCACUCCCGCCAACAAGCAGUCCGCUCCUGCAGAGGGACAUGGCGACCACUGCAAGUUUUAUCAUCGUGAGCCGGAAUGACAUCCCGAUAUAUGAAGCUGAAGUCGGAUCUGCUACUAAAAGAGAAGAUGCUGCUCAGUUGCAUCAAUUUGUACUACAUGCGGCGUUGGAUAUUGUUCAGGACCUCGCUUGGACCACUAGUGCUAUGUUCUUGAAAAACAUUGACAGGUUCAAUGACCUGGUGGUAUCAGUGUAUGUUACAGCUGGUCAUAUCCUUUCGUAGUUUGAUUUCCUUUUGCAUUCCAUUGUCAGCAUCUUAAUGAGUAGUUGUUCGCAAAAAUGAAUUAUGGGAACUUGGGGAAACAUUAUCUGAACUUAGUAUAACCCUCUCUUACUAGUUGCCCGAUUGAUUAUAGUUUCAAGUUACCAUGUAUAUGGUGUACCUCUUUGAUUUCUCAUUCCACACUUGUUGUGGCGAUUACCAUUGUGUCUGCAUCAGCAUCACAAUGUCAGGGUCUCUAAACAUACAUACCACUCGAUUUGCAGUCUGAGGCACUAUCUUAAUGUGCCCUACUCUUGGAUAGAUAAGUCAGUAAGUUGCAUCAGAUUUAAAGUACUCAGAAUCAGGUAUUUCCUUGACCUUUCCAAACAUACGCGAUUGAUGCUACUUCACGAUUCCCGUAACGAUGAUGGGAUUAAGAGCUUUUUCCAGGAGGUACACGAACUUUAUAUAAAGGUACUGCUGAACCCCCUCUACUUGCCUGGUGCCCGCAUCGCUUCUUCACAUUUCGACACAAAAGUUCGUGCUCUAGCUAGAAAGUACCUGUAAUUGUGCAAACCAUACUGAAGGGUCCGAUCGAGCUCUUGCCAGCUCUUCAAAGUAACAUGAUCUGGGUUGCAGAAAUGCCUCUUGCAAUUCAGCAGGGAGAUUCUUCUUACUUCUCGACUCGGGCUCACUGCAAUUUGGAUGUCAUUUGGUGAGAUUGGUGAAGUCAAGAAGACUUAAUUUUGAUGUAAAACCCUGUUUGACCCAAAUUGUAUCUUUAAUGUUUCUCCACAUGAACAGCAAUGUUGAUUAUUGAAUGUUCAGCAUGUGAUUAAACAUUGAAACAAAUGUAGCCAUGUUUGAAUAAUUUUGCUUAAAAUAAGUAUGGUGAGAUCAGGUUGAAUGUCAUGUCCCUUUCCUUAUG